CACAUAAUGAAUCUCAUUGGCAAUGCCUUCCGCAAACCUUUUGUUCAGUUGAACAGCUUCAUGCUGAGUUUCUCCCAGAUGUUCUUCAAUGCUGGAUCACGCAAGAGAAGAUACCUCUGCUUCAUGACAAACAAGCUGCCAAGAAAAAAGGCGGUCAUGCCUCCAAACCCCUGUGCAAAUACGCUGGAACUCCUGGUUCUCUGCAGUGCAGUACCACGCACAGCACUUUGGACUGUACAAGGAGUUCAUAGAGAUGGAAAUCGAGGUGUGUAGCAGAAGUGCUCCACGGUCUGUGGAGAGACUCCACGAGAAUCUUCAAGACCCAGACCUAGCUCAGUCCCUGAAUGUCCAGAUCAACAUCAUGGCUGACAAGUGCAAACGCUUCCUAAGUCUUCUCGAUAGCUUCCAGAGCAGACGUCCUGUGACCACAAAGAUCUUCACUUAUCUGGAGGAUCUGCAGGUGGUCUUUGCUGCCAACAAAGAGCUGCAGUAUGAGGCGUGUGCUGAAUACUUUGAAGGGUUUGACUUACCACACACCACGAAGACAGAGAUCCACUGCACAGUUGGUCAGGCAUAUGAAAACGCUGAAGAAAAGCUCACCAAGUACAUGUCACAUGGGCAGCAGGCCAUUGAGUUUCUCCAGGAGGUCAGGGUGUUUGACCCGCGCCACAUCGCAUUCCUAGAUAACUCUGUAGCAAGCUACAAGGCCAUUUCAGGUUUCACUGAAGUGCAGAGUGAUGAAUUUGAUUCUUAUUUCAAGACUCUUGGUCCAGCAGCACUCAGAGCUGCACCAUCCAGCAUGGUGGAUUUGGAUGUGUUUUGGGAUGGCCUACAGGAGAGACUUCCUGUGCUGAGUUCCUUGGCCAAAACGGUACAAAGAUGCUGUCUCAAACUCAGCUGA